AGCUCUGCACAGGCCCAGUUUCUCUAAUCAGAUGAAGCUGCAGGAUUAUCUCUCUCCCUCCCUCCUGGGCUCCAUUUUAUUUCCUCUCCAGCCAAGGGGGGAGCCAGGAAGGGGCACUACGUCGAGGGAACCCCAUCUCCCAAUCUCCUGCCUUUGAUGCUCUCUAACAAUCCCACCUCCUUCCCCUUAUCAUAUGCUCACCUUAGUGCCAACAGCACCAAGCGGAUCAAGGAGAGGAAAUCUGAACUCUUUUGGCUUUUGUUCUCCUCAGAUUUCUCAGCAUCUAUUUUUAAAUACCCUCCAAGUAACUUGUGCAGGGAAGCUGGAUGUGCAAUCUCUGAGUAAGGGGAAGAUCUCUCUUUUUUGCCAUGUCAGCUGACAGCCACCAGCUCCACACCCAUUCCUACCAGGACUCACUAAGUUCUACUUGUCACAGUCUCUUGAAUGUCAACAGUCACCCCCUGUCCAAGAGCUCCUCAAAUCUGUCCUGUAUUGGGCAUUCGAGGAGUUUAGAGGAAAGGCAAAACAAACAGGAGCUGAAGAAAAGCCAYAGUAGCACCAUCUGCCAUAUCCUGGAAAACAGGAGUGAUGCAAGCAGUGAGCAGAGCCCCGGGUGGUCCUCCUCACAGUCUGGGAUGAUGGGACUUGGGUCAGAGGUCCAAACCCUAAAUGACCAUUCAGAGAGCAGAACUAAGAAUGCAAACCAUGUUCUUGUCACUGAACAGUCCUCAGCAUCCUGGGGAGGGGGCGACACUAAGAUGUGUGUAAAGAGCAGCACUGUUGAGAAUGUUUCUUCAGCCUGUUUUGUUCACCAGCCAAGCACAUGUAAAAUGGAAGAAUCAGGACCUGCCCUUCAGAGAAGCCACUCAGACCUAACCUGCAGUUGCAAACAGCAGACUUUUGUCACUCACAUAGAAACCAGUGCUACUCACUCCAGCCUAAGCUCUUCUGGCUGCAGGCAUGGUCCGCCGGUGGAUAGGACGUCACACCAAACGCAGAGACACGGAUCAGAAACAAGUGAAAAUACAUCCCACUAUCAAAACCUUGCCACUCAUCUUCCAGUCCUACCUAGAGACCAACAAGUACCCACAAAUACCUUUGACAGUGGCAGUGUUCCACGUAACACUACUGUUUACACAGAUCCUGGAACRUUUCAUGCUGCUGUUCUAGGACCUCACAUGCCUGGAAAUGGUUUCCCGAACAGGACAAUGUUCAGUCAGGCCCCCGGGAUGAUUCAUGGUGGUCUGACCUUUGGUAAUGUUCCAAAUUCUGCGUACUCCCCCAUGGUGAUGACAGUUCACAACAACUCUGCRGGGCCCUGCAGUCUCAGGCAGGACACCUUGAAGGCAGAUGCCACCAUCCCAGCCUAUUGCCACUCUUUGCCCAUCCCAUCCAUACAGCUUGUCCCACGGUUGGUGUGCUCUGUUAGUGAGACAGGGAAAGAGCAGACAGCACCUGGCUACUUUCAUUCCUUUUCUGCUUCAGACAUUCUGACAUAUCCUAAGCUGGUGACUUCAGUAAGUGAGACAGGCCUGGAUGCCAAGAAAAUCCUGAGGUGCUGUAAUGUUUCUGGAGAACAAGUGCAGCAUGCUCAGCAGGAGAGAGCUCCUCCAGAAGCCAAGGCUGCCUGUGAUGCCCUGAGCAGCCAGCAAGGUGCAGACAUGGUAGUGACAACUAAGGAUAUGUGGACUAUGACCUCCAUGAAUGAUAUAACCAAAGGCCUGAAACCAGCACUCGAGCGCAGAGAUGCCGAGGUACAAACUCUUCCRACCAUGGAAUGCAAAUCUGUGGCAACAAGCCCGGCAGCUGCAGCAGAAGGUCACUCACAUGUGUUCCCAGAGGUGAAUCUGGAGCAAGACUUGGAGGGCCCCAAAACUCCAGUACGUGAAGUGAGAUGGGAUGAUGAAGGAAUGACGUGGGAAGUGUAUGGGGCCUCUGUGGAUCCGGAAGUCCUUGGGGUAGCCAUUCAAAAACAUCUCGAGUUUCAAAUAGAACAAUUCCAGACAGAGCCUGCUGCAACACCUGAGAAAAGUAAUGAGGAGCCACCCCCUGAAAAAACAGAGAAAAAAAGGCCUUUCAGGACAAUGAUGCAUUCCCUAAGAUAUCCAAGCUGUUGUGCUCGCUCCAGUACUGCAGUGGAGUGAGCACAGCUGUAGGGGCUAGGAUAGCUGUGCUGCUUUUAAAUUGUACAUAAAUGCUGACUCUUACGUGUUAACACAGUGUAUGUGGACAGYCUACAGCAGGAUGAGUGGGAAAAAUUCAGUGAUCGUCAAAUAUAUGUUAAAGCAAGGAAAAAUCCAUGACUGGACCAUAUAACAGAGAACRUAAGAUUAUACUUAAAUAAUGCCAUCUGAAUGCUCUUGACUGUGUUUAAUGUAGCACUGUUUUCCUCUAUGUUAGUUUAAAACCAUAUUGUAAGAAAUGAAACUUCUUUUUUAAUGGUGCAUCUUUUUGAAAUAAUGACUUUUUUUCUGUGUUUUAAUAAUUUAGGGUUAGAAAACAAAGUUAGGAAAUCAUGCUUUAAUCAAAGUUCUUAGUUUUCAGUCAUACUCCCUUAAAUUGUUUUGGCAGCUGUUUUGCUGUUAAUUUAUCAUAAUGCUGACUACAAGCCCACUUUAACUGUAGACAAAAUAACAAACUAAUGUAAUGUUCUAUGACAAAGAAUUGUAACUUUUUUCUACAUAACUAUGAAGUAAUUUCAGUGCUAGUCUGAACUUUUCCUUUAGCAAGCUCAUGUACAUUGGAGGAGAAUCCUCCAACUUUCCAAUUAGUUUGUAGUUAUGAUGAUUUACACUCUAAAUAUCCAGAAUUUAUGUUUACCAAGUGAUUGACACAAAUGUACAGUAUUACCAAAGAUGACUCAUGUAAUUUGAAUUGCUUACUGAAUGCUUGUUUUAGAGACCUGAAACAGAGGCUGUUCAGAUUAGUCUGUGGCACCACCAUACCCUGCAAAUCACAAGCAGUUUURGUUUGCUUAUAUUAAAAGUAAUUUCCAGUGA